UGCAGAGGAAGAUAAAUAGGGGACGAGUAUUCACAACUCGGACGAAUACUCCCUUAGCCCCGGAGAUCUUUGCGGAACCAUAUCCGCAGGGAUUCAAGAUGCCGUUCGUUAAGCGUUACGAUGGGGAAUCAGAUCCCCAGGAACACAUAAAUAGCUAUGUCCAGGUGAUGAUUGCCGUUGAUGCCAGCGACGCAUUGAUGUGCCGGUGUUUCUUGCAAAUAGUAGAUAGCAAGGUGGCGGAUUGGGUGAACCACAUUCCUGCCGGAUCGAUCCGGACAUGGGAUGAAUUGGGAUUGCGGUUCUUGGAGAAUUUUGCCGGGAACUGCCGUCCCAAGAAGCAUUUCACUCAUCUGGCUUCAGUGCGGCAGAAGCACGGAGAAUCCUUGAAGAAUUUCCUUAUCCGAUGGAGAAAAGAGUCCAGGGAGGUUGAAGGAACCGACGACAAAUCCAGGUUUGCCAUGUUCACGGCGGCAUUGCAGGACGGUCUCCUUCAUACUGAUCUCACAACUCAUCCCCCGGAUACCUUUGAAGAAGCAAUGGUCCAGGCCGGAAGGUAUGUGACCCUAGAGGAGAGAAAGGAGGAGAAGAAAGAAAAAACUCCCAAAGAAGAAGAAAAGGCGGGAAAUAAGAAGCCGUUCAAGAACAAGAAGCAGGGCUUCCCGGAUGGCCCAAAAGGCACAAGCCCUGGGACCUCGGAGAAGCACAAGUCUGCCAAUCCAGUCUUCACAUUGCCAGUGGCAGAGGUCAUGGCCCAUGCCGCAAAUCAGGGACUCAUGACUUAUCCUACCUAUUCCCAGAAGGUCUGUAAUCUGGAGGAUACUGGAAAAUGGUGUGCGUACCAUCGCAAGAAUGAUCACAACACGGAGGAUUGCUAUACCUUGAAAAAUGAGAUGGCGAGGCUAAUCCGCCGGGGCCAUCUGAAGAAGUUUGUACAAGAUGGUGACGCGGAAAAUCCCGGGAAUACUCAGAAUGGGAAGCGUAGAGAUAAAGAGGUAGCCCAGGCUGAGGCCCGGGAAAAACGCCACAUCGGGCUUGAAGAUGAAGAGGAGGAUUCAGAACCCGCACCGCACCGCCAGAAGAGGCACCAUGGGUGUAACUUCAUCAUCGGAGGGAAUACUGGCGGAGAUUCAGCCACGAGCCAGAAGAAGUGGGCCAACGCGGCGAUGGUCAAUAAGGUGCUGGUCCCAGAAGGUAAGAAGCUGAAAACUGAGCCAAUUGUAUUUGCUAAUGCUGAUCUGCCGGAAACAGGGGUCCCCCAUUGGGACGCCCUGGUGAUUACUAUUGAUAUAAUGGACUUACUGAUCCAUAAAACCCUUGUGGAUACACCCGGAUUGGAAGAUUUAGAGUGUGUCAUCUCACCUCGUCACUUGUGCAUAAAGUUCCCAACCCCCCACGGAGUUGGAAUUGCCAGGGGAUCUCAGAGAGUGUCCCGGGCGUGGUAUUUGAAGGCAACCAAACAGCCUGUCAAGUAUGAUACCCAAGUGGGAGAAGUGACUGCACAGCUCCUGAUGGCCGAGGAAAGGCGUCCCAGAGUAGAAGUUGCCGGCGACAUUGAAGAAGUGGAACUGGAGCCAGGCACGCCGGGGAGGUUAGUCAGAAUUGGCAAAGAAUUGGCAAAGGCCUGGGAGCUGAGCUCAGAUCACGAGUGAUCUCAGUCCUUAGAAGGUUCAGGAAGGUUUUUGCAUGGAGUCCAGCUGAUAUGCCAGGG